CUCUUUGAAAAAAGAACAAUAAGGAGUUAAAAUAAAUGUUUGAGUUUAUUCAGAGGGUCUUCUUGAACCUUGAGAAGAAGAGUGAAAAGUCUGAGAAACAAGUUAUUGCAAACGUACACAUCUGCGCUACAUCUUCUAGUGCAUUUGACUAAAUCAAGAUGCUGAUGAUCAUUGAAGCUCUUUUUUUCAUUUCAGCUGCUCUAGAACAGGAUCAUAGAGCUGCUGCUGAAGGACCGAUCUAUCCAUUCAACAUGGCCUUAAAUUCUGUUGAUGACCAGUAUGAUGGCUGUACAAAGGAAAUGGCACACCUUGUGAUGACAGAAUACCUAGAGAAGGAGCUCAAUAACUCAGCUGAAUUUCAAAUGGCUUGGCAAGAAGCUAAAAACAAUGCUUCGGCACCAGAAGACGACUUGACAGAGAACCAUUCAAUCGCUAUUUACGUGUACACUGACAAGGACGUAUAUCGUGAGUUCAAUAAAGCAGUUCGUAGUGAAAAAGACAAAUACCAAAACAUGACAUUCCCAUGGUAUUCACUUCACUUUUUGUUAACUGAGGCGAUACAGAUUCUGAAGAAAACCCAAAAAGGUUGUAAGUCGACUUAUCGUGGUACACAUGUUAGAUUUGAUAAGGAUGUUCUGAACACAGAAGUUCGUUUCGGCUCAUUUACGUCCUCGUCUCUUAAUCGUACAGUAGCAGAGGAUUUCGGAAAUGCGUUUUGUUUCGAAAUCUACACUUGUGAAGGUGCUGAGGUGACACAUUAUUCUAAGUUUCCUGAUGAGGACGAGGUGCUGAUUCCUCCGUACGAGACGUUUAAAGUCACUGGUGUAAUCAACAGAACAGAUGAGAAUGAUCUCUGGUGUGACACUGUGUUCACGCUGGAAAGCUCUGGAAAAAUCAGUGACCUGAACUGUAAGUUGUUUAACAGUGGAAACCAUGUUGUGGGUUUUAAUGUUUUACUCAUUUUAACAUUAUUUUGCGAAGUGUUUACCUGCUAACUUGUAGAUACUGUAUGUUUCCUCAUGUUGAACUUCGAAUUGCUUGUCUUACCUCUUACCUCAGUAAGAUACAGGGAUAGUCUGAUACUGUAUUAAGAUGAGAAAAGCAGUUAUUUACAACUGAGGUCAAAAAUGAUCUGAAUGAUUCAUGAGUCCCUUGUAUGUCCACAGUUAAACUGCCUGCUGUUCUUCAGAAAAAUCCUUCAGGUCCCACAAAUUCUUUGGUUUUUAAGCAUUUUUGUGUAUUUGAACCCUUUCCAACAAUGACUGUAUGAUUUUG